AUGUCAGCACCUUCAGCAAAGUCAGGCGGGAAGAAAUCACACGCCUGUGGACCGUGUAGACGACUCAAAAGAAAGUGCGACUUGCAAAUACCCUGUGGUACUUGUAAGUCUGGAAGAAAUACCAAAAUUGAUGAAUGUUUGGCUACUCCAGCAAAGCCUUUGAAUAAUAUCCAAGAACUCAUAGCUCCUAAUCUCAAGUUUGGUAGAGUACAGAAAAGGUCGCCUUCAAAUAGUGGUAUUGGGCAUGCAAAUUCAAUUUCAAGUACUAAUUCAGCUUCAACUUCAAAUUCAAAUUCACCAAAUGUCAACAAAAGGCAAAGAGCAUCAAGUAGCUCAAUCAAAAAUGAAAGAAACAAUAGUGAUGCUUUCCUAUCAAGUGGUAAUUUUGGUUCCUUUAAUUUAAAUAAAUCAAAUAAAGUAAUUCAAGAAAGUCCUGGAAGUGAUCAUCAAGUUUACUCUGAUUCACGAUCAUCUGCACAAACGAGUGUCCCAGUUAACAUUCAACCUUUACAACAACAACCUCAGGUGCUACAGAAUACACAGUUGAAUCAACAACAACAAAUACCACAACAACCAGCACAAGUUCAUCAACCUUCAAACUCACCAUAUCAACAAUUUCAAUAUCAAAAUUCUUCAAUCCCAGUCCAACGUCUGUCAUUUAGUCAACAGGGCUUAAUUCAGCAGUCCCACCACCAACAUCAGCAGUCACCUAAUCCUGCAAUAAUACCGCAACAUACACAACCGCAGUUUCAAGUACCACAAGUACAUCAACCUAGCGUCUCACAUAGACUAUCACAAAGUGAUACUUCACAUCUACAACAACCUAUAAAUCAACAGCAGCUACAGGUUCUACAACAGCCCCAACCUCAGUUACCCAUACAACCUGUUUUCACCGGUGUUCAAAACGAUCUCGUGAAAAAGCAAAUGGAGGAACAAUCUUUGAAAAUUCAAACGUUGGAAAAUGAAAACGCACAGUUUAAAAGCCACGUUCAACAAUUACAAAAUCAAUUAGAAAAAGUUUCUAAAGCUUUACCUACACCACCAAGUACGGGCUCGGAAAACAUGAAUUCUAAAAAUGAAUUCAAAUUGAAAUUUUUGGAGUUAUUACCUUCUCAAAUUCAAACCACUGUUUUAGUUAAUUUUUAUCUUCAAAAUAUUGAUUAUAUUUAUCAUCCUUUACAUCAUCCUUCUUUUAGAAAAGAAUGUGAAGAAUUUUGGAAAAAUCAAGAAGAUGUUGAUAUUGGUUGGUUAGCCGUUUUAUUCAUGGUUCUUUCAUUAGCUGCUAUUCAUUUACCUAAAGGUUUAAUUAAUAUAUCACAUCAGGAGAUUGAAAAAUCCCAUAAAACUUGGUUCAAAGCAAGUCGUGAAUGUAUUACACAAUGGGAUGAAUCUCGUAAAGAUCCUAAAGAGUUUAAUAUUUAUACUUUACAAUGUUUUUCUUUAUGUCAAUUAUAUUUUUAUGCUACAAAAAGAGCUGAAGCUUUAAAUGAACUUUUAGAAAAAGCUAUAAAGGAUUGUUUAGCAAUGGGCUUAGAUAAAGAUGAUGCCAAUAAUCCAAAUUUAUUAGAAACUCAAAUGAAAAGAAGACUUUGGUGGGAUAUUGUUGGGUGUGAUUCAUUCAGAGCUUUAUCACUUGGUGUUAAACCUUUGGUGAACUCUUAUAGUAGCACUGUCCCAUUACCUGCUAAUUCAAAUGAUGCAGAUAUAACACCUACCUCAAUAAAGAUUCGUUCAAAUUCAAUUGCAACUGAUAAUUCCUUCAAUAUUUAUCGUGCAGAAAUGAUGAGAAUUUUAAACGGUAUUUAUGAAAAAGAACAUGAAGCUCAAGAAAGUAACAAUGGAUUGAAAACGAAUUUGGAUAAAGUUGAAGACAAAAUUUUCAAAGGUUUGAUUGAAAUUGAUAUAGAACUUUGUAGUACUUUCAAAGGUUGGUUUUUUCAAAUUGAUAAAGUUGGUAAUUUACCAAAUACAAAUGAUCCAAAAAUUCAAUUUCAACAUCAUAUGUUACAUAUUUGUAUUUGUAUUCAUAGAUUCAGAAUUUAUCAAAAUUAUUUAUCCAAUGGUAUUCCAAUUGCUUGGGAAGUUGGUGUUACCUCUGCAAGAGCCAUGUUUCAAGUUUAUAAAAGGUUGAGAAAAAUUUAUGAUUUGAAAAAUCCUUUAUUCUUAGCACAAAUUCAUCAAGCCUUUACUGGUUCUAUUAUUCAAUCCAUGUUGCUAUUACUGAAUCAUAAAAUUGCUUUACAAGAUCAAAGUGCUUUAUAUAAUGAUAUUGAUUGGAUGUUGAAAGAUUUGGAAGUUUUGGGUAGAGAUGUUUUCAUUUUAAAACCUGAAGUCUUGAAGGAAAGUUUCAAAGUUUUAAAUGCAUUGAGAAAAAGUAUUAAUAAAAAAUUGGUUGAUUUGGAAAAAGAUCAAAAAGAUAUUGUUUCUAAUGUCUUUGGUGGUAAAGAUAUGACUGAAAAUUAUUUGCAAAAAUGUACUGUGUCUUUUAUUAUUGAUAAAGUUGAUAGAAAAGCUAGUCAAGAUUUACCAGCUGCUGAAGAAGGUACAUUUGAUUUCAAAAAUCAAUUGGGUACAUUGGUUGAUUCUGAAUUAAUUCAACAAUCUGUUCAAAAAUUUGAACAUUUAAGAAAUUUUUUGAAACCAGAAAAUCAACAACAUAAUGAUAAUCUUGAAAAGCAAAUUAAAACUAUGAAAUCGCAAGCUGAAAAAAAGAAAAAGAAUUCACAAGAUGAUUCUAAACAACUUCAAUCAUCAUCACAAAGUUAUACUCCAAAUGAUAAUCCAUUAAUUGCAAAUUCACAAUUUAUGAUGAAUCAAACGUUCCCAUUAUCACAAGAAGCAACUCAACCUGCUGAUCCAAAUAGUUAUCCACAACAUAAUAUUUAUUCCAAUGGUAAUAAUGGUUACACUAAUGGUGAUAAUGUAUCAGGACAACAAUUAAAUAAUGAUGCUAAUGGGGCCACUGACGGAGGAUUUGUUAGACAAACAACACCAUUUGAUAUGGGAUUUGUUGGAAUUGAUGCAUUUUGGAAUGAUGUUGGUCCUCAAGGUAUUGAUGAAUUGAAUAAUAUGUACUAUUCAGAAUUUUCAGGUUAUAAGAUUGUUUGA